AUGUGCUUCCCCCCGAUCGGGUACUCCAUGGCCACGUGGAAGAUGGCUUCGGGCCGGGGGAGGACUGACAACCAGGUGGUGGUGGUCGGCCUCGCCGCCUCAACAUAUACAAAAAUUGAAGGUUGCAGAGUGGUUGGGUUUGUGAGGGUUAUGGCCGGUUUGGAGAGUGCCAUCACAAUUAUUGACAUGUGGAUGGCUACUGCAUUGGCUGCGCCAGGCAACCUGGCCUUCCUGGCCACAGACUGUGCAUCUUGCUACCCUGCAUUGAUGUUGCACUUCACAAUUUUUGUGGUCUCCCCAUCUGCAAUUGAUGACUUGGGUACAUGGUCGAACGGUAGGAGCACCCCAUUGAAGGUUGCAUUGGUGGACUGCAUCAGCCAGCUGGAUAUUGAGGAGGGCUGCCAGUACCCAUACAGAGUUGAGAGUGCGCAUGUGUUUUGA